AUGAAGUUCUCCGCCGCCGCUCUUCUCACCGCUGCUGCCUCCGUCUCUGCUACCUCCAACUUUGAGGUCCAGGACUUUACCGCCAGCUGUGUUCCUCACAGCACCUUCUGCAACUACUCCUUCAAGGUUAUCCAGCCCAACUCCAUGGAAACCUGGAAGAACGCCGUCGAGUGCAGCGCCCGAGCUCAGUCCACCGACUACUCUCUCCCCGACAUCAAGGAUGCCAAGUGCAAGGACUCUUCUCGAACCUUUUCCAUCACCCGUAUGGGCAAGGGUCUGGGUGUCAUGAUCUCUCAGCCUGUCAGCCCCAAGAGCAACACUGUCGGAGACUACUUGAUCCCCAUGGACCAGCUCAUCCAGAAGAACGAGAACAACGCCCAGGUCGAGGCCUACAACGGACCUACAAGCUUCGAGCUGACCCAGCGCAACUAG